AUCUCUCAUUUAUGGUGCGAAAUUCACUUCCGAUGUUUGAAUUCAGAACAGCCUGGAGAAAUUGCCUGUUUGCCUAAUCGUGGGACGAUGGAAUGAUGAAAUAUGGGCGGUGCAUUUCUGAAAAAGAUUGACUAAAUAUAAAACAGAAUGGCCUACAGUCGUCUCUCCUCCGAGGAUGAGAGGAAGUGUUGCUGGGUUUGUUUCGCUACAGUAGAAGAUGACUGGGAAGCUAAGUGGGUGAAGCCCUGUAGAUGUCGGGGAACUACCAAGUGGGUCCACCAGAGCUGUCUCCAGCGGUGGGUGGAUGAGAAACAGAAAGGAAACAGCUCAGCAGAAGUUUUUUGUCCACAGUGUGGAACAAGAUACAUCAUAGUGUUCCCAGAGUUUGGUUCCUUUUUAAAAUGUGUGGAUACAUUUGAUAAAAUGAUUCAACACAUAAGUCCUUUUGGGGUGGGAAUGUUGUUCUGUGCUGGUGUCUACUGGAGUGCAUUUACCUAUGGAUUUAUAGUCGUAUUACAGGUGAUGGGGACAGAGGAGGGGUACACAUUUAUGGAGGAGGUAGAAAAUAAAAUGUUACUUCUGAUCAGCAUGCCCCUCAUCCCUGUCCUCCUAAUCCUCGGGAGGAUGGUUCAGUGGGAAGAAGCCCUCCUCAAGCUGUGGCGAAGACAUGCCCCCAGGUUCCUCACCAAACUCUUCACUAAUGUGGAAAGGUCAACCCUGCCAAGGCUUCCUGCAGACACAACACGCAUAGUGGAUCCUGUGUCAGCCACACGCAUUGUCUGUGGGGCUUUGGUUUUACCCAGCUGUGCUGUCUUGUGUGGAAAUCUCUUGUUCAGAUCUGUUCGCUCCAAUAUGCAGAGAACUAUGAUGGGAGGAAUAUCAUUCAUAGCAUUCAAAGGAGCCAUUAAAAUGUACUACAAACAACAGCAGUACAUCAGGCAGGCCAGGAGAGUUAUAAAGGACUAUGAUGAGGAUAUACCUUUGUUCUCACCCUUACCUCACCAUAAUUAGUAACUGUACAUUCUGUGAAGACACCUGUGAUAUCUGAGUAAAAGCAAUAUGUAGAUAAUGAGGCUCACGAUAUAAACAGACAUAUACGAUAAUUUGUGUGGAAAAAAGGCAUUGUGAGAAAGCAAUAAUAUUAUUAUAAAGCACCUUUAUUUAACCUAUUAUGAUUUUACCCAUAGGCUCUUAAACAUGACAGGAUAAAUAAAGGAGGUUUGACUGGGGAAAGAGGGUGAUUUAGUUGGUAUAAUAAAAUGAGAAUGUUUAAGAGAAAGACUCAGAAUGAACUGUGAGUACUUCAAAGAGAACUCCUUACUUCCAAGAAAAUUAAGAUUUUUUCAACUGACACCAAUAGAAAAAGACCAUAUUUUAAAUGUUUAUUAAGAAGUGUAUUUUUACAGACUUUUUAAAUGUGUGAAAUCCCUCCCCCCCCCCCCCCCCCUUUCAGCUUUAGCAAACUAAAUUUUUGAAUGUGUUUUCUUUCAAAAAGGUCAGUUAUACAGGAAGCAUUACACCAGAUAUUUAAGAGUAUUUAAUCCUAAAGUAACAUACAUUCAUUUCCAGACACAGUGUAAAACAUACAUAAACUAGCAUAGUCAAAACUAAGUGCAAUCUUCCUAUUUAAUUGAUUAGUGCAAAAUAAAUUGGUGCACUUAAAUCUAGUUUUAAAAUGAAGUCUUAGUUUGAAUACUAGAAGUAUUUUAGCGUAUAGAUGAAUUAGCAGACAAGAAGCAGAAUAAGUACCAUAUACAUGUAUUUAGCUGAAAUUGUUUUUAGCUUUGAAUGUCAAGAAAUUAUUCUUGCUUCUUCACAAAUGAUGAAAGAUAUUAAUUUAAAAGUGACUCUUUACUAUGUAGUGUACUGUAAUUUAUCUAGACUAUGGUAGAUAUGAUGGCACAGAUUAUAGAACCAAUCAGAUUGCUUGAUGCAGACAGACCUGUCAUUGUUGUAUACAGUGUAUUCUGUGGGUAAAAUUAAGAGCUUUUAGCAAAACUGUGUAGGGGAAGUUUGUAAAAACAUAUUUUAACAUAUAUAUGUGCAUGUAUUAUCAAUAUCUGUCAGAAAAUCCUUAAGUAUAGCUUUGAAAGUUUAACCUAUGUUAUCAUGGUAUUAUGUGGUAGAUUUAAACAGAAUAGAACCACUCACUAGUAGUGAAUUAAAUCUGCUGCCUCCACUCUUAGAUUAAAAAAUAUAUUUCCCCUUCCUAUACAAUGUAUUGGAGCAUACCUCACAUUUAUUUAAAUCUCUUGUACAUUUAAUUAUUAGUAAAUCACAUUGAUGCAGAGAUAUAUUUUCUAAAUUUUGCUUUUAGUUUGCUAUUGGCUUGACUUAAUUGUUUUAAAUAUUAUUUAGCUGGGGAUUGUGACUAUAAUUUAUAAGAUCCAUCAUUCCUCAUUCAGGUUUAACACUUGGUGAUCCUGAAUAAGUAGUAGACAAAAUAGUACCACCCAUAUAAUACCGGUAAACUAGAGUCUCAAACAUGACUCAAGACUAAAGCAUGGCUCUAUUAAAAAAUAUUCAAAUCAGCCUCAAAGAAGAAAACUAUUUGACAUUGGAAUCAAAUGUCAAAUCAAUAAAAGGAUGCAUGCC